UUCCACCCUUCCUCCCUUUCUAGCCGCCCAUUGUUACAGUGAAGUAUAGGCCGCCAAUUGGGCCAAUCCAGGCCAAUCCUAUUGCCCUCUUCCUCGUUUACAGGUUUCAGCCUGAUCCUGAAUCGACUCCAUUCCGCUCUGCCACUCGUUCGUUCGCUCGUUCGCCCAUUCGAUCCUACUCCAGUACCUGAGCGCCGUCGCCCAUCGCCCAUCGCCCAUCGCCCUACUCGUAUUCCUACCGGGCUACCUCACCUACCCUUGUCUUCGUUGUUACUCCCUAGGCGAAUUCUUGUUCUUCAGCCUCAAGAUUCACGACUUUGGACGUCGUAUAGAGUCCUGCCGUACAAUGCCAAUGUCUGUUUACUGAUACUCGCGCCAAAGUACCCUCGUUGACCGGAUAGCGCCGCCAAAAUAUCACCAGUUAAAGGGUGUGGAGCAGACUGCGCUCACCAACACACCAACCCCAGGCCAAGACUCAAUACAGGAGUAUCUCAAACGCAUUCACUGAAACUUCGCACGACGGUUUUUGCGUUCUACUCGUCUACUCUCCUCCGGUAUUCCUAGGUUUUCGGAGCCGCACGCAUGCUGUCAUUGCCUGCGCCUGCUCAGCCGACUACCGCUCCCCGCUGAAUCCCAGCUCUGCUGCAAGAUCAAACUCCGGUCUUGCGUCUCCGGCCCAAUACCACACCAGACGUGUAACAGAAGUAUCUUCAGACGCCGUCCCGACAAUGGCUUCAGGGCCCGAAAAUGGUUUCUACUCCUCGGGCCAGUUUAUGAAUCCAGGUCCUGCACCUCGUCCUCCUACCGAUCGACCUCGACAUUUGGAGUUGCAGCGCUCAAACACUUCGAUACCGACAAGCACCUUCGAGUCGAUGUCUUUAGGAGGGCCGGCGUCACCGGCGGUCAGUACUCCAAGUGCCCCUUACUUCUCCAAUGGCAGUUCUCUGUCCUUGUCAACGAACGGAAAACCCUCGGGUCCGGUCACUAUCAUCAAGGAAGGCCAUGUGCGCUGCAAAGAAGACAAAUUCCUCGCUCAAUGGAACCAACGAUACCUGAUUCUCCGCGAGUUCAGAUUGGAUUUCUUGAAGAGUGAGAAUGGAAAGCUCAUGCAGUCCAUCCAACUGAACACCGUGACCGGGGUGACUCGUUCUGAGGAAACGCGGAUGGCUUUUGAGAUCACCCGUGUUGCGAAUCCCAAAGAUGCAGGCGGCAAGAUCAUCAUGGCUCGUGAUUUGCCCACCCGGACCAUCACCUGUGAAGUCCGCAACGACGACGAAAUCUAUGAUUGGAUUGAUAAAAUAUAUGAGCGAUGCCCAGGCAUGGGGGGCGUAAGUAAUCCCACAAACUUCAGCCAUCGUAUCCACGUUGGCUUUGACCCUCAGACAGGCGGCUUUGUCGGACUACCGCAGGAGUGGGAGAAGCUGUUGAACAAUUCCGCCAUUACAAGAGACGACUACAAGAAGAACCCCCAGGCUGUCAUUGAAGUUUUACAGUUUGUAUCAGACCAGAAAAUGCGUGAGCAGCAUCCCGAAAUGUACACACCUGGCAUGGUCACUCCGCCAGCAGCCCAGCCGAAUAAGCAACUUGGAUAUCCGACAGGGGGCAAUAGUGUUGCUCCCCCAAGGCCAGCGCCGCCCACAGAUGCACAACGAUAUAAUGCUAAUCAGUUCAUCAACAAAUAUCAGGAGGGCCCUUCGCGAAUAGGGACUCCCCCCGGGAAACCGCCCUUGCAGCGGGCGCAAACAGACAAGGGUGCAUAUGACAUGGAGGCCGAUGCCGCCCGGAUCAAAGCGAUCGCUAACGAAGAACAAAAACGCCGUCAGAUGGAAGCGGAAGCGAAGCGCGCCAGAGAAGUUGAAAGACAAAGGGAACAAGAGCGAGAGGAUCUUGAGCGCAGCCGCAGAGAGCAAGAAGCCUACAACGCUUCAUUACCAAAGACACGCCCGCCGUUAGCUCAACAGGAGAUCGGAGGAUACGGAGGUGGCUCUGAUCGUGGACCCAACCGGCAAGAUCCUAGAUACAAUCCCGCGAGAGCUGCUCCAAGUGCUCCUCAACAGUCGUCUUCAGUAUCAGCGAGGCAAAAUCCCACAGCUCAAAGACCAGCCCCUUCUGCCCCGAGCAGCAGCUCCCAAAAAUCCAUUCCCCAGUCGCUUUCUGCUAGCCAGAGCUCAUUACGAUCACCGGAGAGCAGAGAUCGUGAUCGUCAGCCUUCGCCAAACGCUAGAUAUCCGCCUGGUGAGGCCCCACGGAAGGAAUCUAGCCCCAAACCACAAGCGAAUGGUGUUAAUGGACAGUCUGUGAGUCGCUCACAAGGAUCCGUGCAACAACCGAAGCCUCUCAAUGUCGCCAAACAACCGCAAGCGAAACCCGCAGCCGAUCCACGCAAAGAAGCCGAAAUUGCAUUAACGGCGAAGAAGCCAGUCGAAGAGCGGGCCAAGGAAGUUCGGAUGUCGAGUAUGAGCGAAAGCGAGGUCAUGGCCAAGCUCAAACAGGUAGUAUCGAAAGACAACCCUUUGGAAUCAUACAGCAAGCAAAAGAAGAUUGGUCAGGGUGCUUCUGGCUCAGUCUAUGUUGCCCGAGUCAAGGAAAGCGCGACAUCAGCUGUUGCGCGUGAACUGUACCGCACACAUGGUCCGAAGGGCCAGGUCGCCAUCAAGCAGAUGGAUCUUCGUAACCAGCCGCGUAAGGAGUUGAUCGUCAACGAGAUCAUCGUCAUGAAAGACUCCAAACAUCCCAACAUCGUCAACUUCCUCGACUCCUUCCUCCAAGAACAGAACAACGAGCUGUGGGUGGUGAUGGAGUUUAUGGAAGGUGGUGCGCUUACGGAUAUUAUCGACAAUAACCCAGUGAUCACCGAGGAUCAGAUUGCCACCAUCUGCUUCGAAACCUGCAAGGGGCUUGCUCAUUUGCAUUCUCAAGACAUCAUCCACCGUGACAUCAAGAGUGACAAUGUACUGCUCGACCGCGUGGGCAAUGUCAAGAUCACCGAUUUCGGGUUUUGUGCUAAGCUCACCGAAUCGAAGAGCAAGCGGGCAACAAUGGUCGGGACACCCUACUGGAUGGCCCCGGAGGUUGUGAAGCAAAAAGAGUACGGACCCAAGGUUGACAUUUGGUCUCUCGGCAUUAUGGCUAUUGAGAUGAUUGAGUCGGAGCCACCAUAUCUCAACGAAGAACCGCUCAAGGCCUUGUUCUUGAUUGCAACAAACGGCACACCGCGGUUGAAGAACCCCAACAAACUGUCACGGGAGCUGAAGGCGUUCCUCAGCGUCUGUCUCUGCGUCGACGUCAGGAGCCGCGCUAGCGCCGACGAAUUGCUUCGGAACGACUUUAUGCGCAUGGGAUGCAGUUUAGCGAGCCUCAGCGAACUUUUGAAAUGGCGAGAAAAGGGUCGACAAUGAUGACCUCGCGCCGCAAUAUCGGGCCGGGAUAAUAUGGAAUAUCACUGGGCUUGGGGACGAAUUUAAUGGCUAUUGGGAAAGGAUCAUACAGGCGUCGACCGUUCUUUCACUCCACACGCAUCUUGGAUACGGGGCCGGAAUCUAUUGGGAGCUGCGGUUGCGGGGAGUCUAGACCGAUCGGAGCGACACGGUAGCGACUCGCAAGCCACUUGAAGAUCGUCAAAGCGAAGAGUUUGAUUGUGUGUUUCUUGUCAAGACCCAGAGAUGGCAGAGAAAAGGGACGACGAUGAUGGUUAUUUCACGGUUGAUGAUUGAAUGGGAAACGGAUCUUGCAUUAAAUGCUUGCCAGUUGACAGGGAGCAUCUUCCCCCUCCAGUUGCCUUGCACAAUGAUAUCCCUGGGUAUGAAGGAGAUAUGUCGUGGCAUGAUGCAAGCUCGUACGUGGCUGCAAGCCGCCAGAUAGAUGGACAGAGGCUGCGCAAGUCUUGGGCAUCGACAUGACUUCGGCCACGGUUUCACUCGAAGGGGUCGAGGCCGGUCGAUGAACAGCCCAUCGACAGGCCGCAUUUGCGAAGACGAGAAGGUGGAGGUCUGCGCUAUACACGUUGAAUAUGGAGAUUAGGCACAGAGCGAGAUGUCGCUUCAACAAAAAGAAAGGGCGAAAAUCCAAUCCAGUAUGAUUUUCCAAGCUCUAACACCUCUCUAACCUAG